AUGUCUGCAGCCUUCGUCAUGUCUGAAGUCCAGCAGAAUUUCCCACUCCCCACCCCGGACAAGUACCGCGGAGCAGUUGUCGAGGACCUGCAACUGCCGCCGGCGUUCGCACUCCCAUCCACCGAAGCCAUCUCUCGCGCGAUAGAACUGGCGUACGAGCGCGACUUCUCCCAUAUACCAGUUCUAGGCCGCAACCGGAAGCCGUUGGGGUAUGUCGAAGUUGCAGCGCUCAAGGCGAAGUGGGAGGCUGGGAACGCGGAUCCUAGCGACAAGGUCUCACAGUACAUGACGAAAUUCGACCGCUCGCAGGCAAAGUCGUACACCCUCAUUACGCCGUCAACGCCACUCGCGGAUCUCGAGCAGUUCCUGCAACACAACAUCUUCGCACUAGUCACAGAUUGGGACCGCAAAUUUGUCUUUGCCGUAGCAACAUUACAGGAUUUAGAGAACUUUGUCUCUCGUCGUGGUUGUUGA